CAGGUCAGGCUGUUCCUGCAGAGUCACACGUGCGGCUGAACCUGCAGACAGGAGAGAGAGAAGCCAAACUCCCGGACAGAGAAUAUGGGGAAGGUGACACGAGAGAAGAGAGAAGAAGAAGAAGGCUGGGCAAGGUUGAUCUCGAUGCAAAUUCAUUCACAUCUGAGGAGCUUAAAAAGGCCUUGGCUAAAAUGAAGGAAAGUGAGAAGGCAGAAAGGAUGGCCCGAGAGGAAGAGGUGAGGAAGAAGUUCCGGCCCAUAGAGCAGCUGAAGGAGGAGUUUGAAAAGCUGAACAUGAAGAUAGAAACAGAUUAUGAAAUUAUGGUUAAAUUAAUCAGCAAAUUCAACAGCUCUGCCUCCACGCUGGAUGAGAAAGUCGCGGCGCUUUAUGAUCUCGAAUAUUAUGUUCACCAGGUGGACAAUGCCAAGGAUUUCCUGUCCAUGGGUAGGCUCCGGCUGGUGAUCGAGGGGCUGAACAGCAGCGAGGCCUCGCUGAAGGAACACGCUGCCUUUGUCCUGGGAGCUGCCCUGUCCAGGUGA